AGGAUCUACGGUUGUUUUUAAUCCUCGUCGGUCCUGGCCGUGAUCGGAUACUUGUUACACCGAAGGGACGGAAGAUCCCCGCCGUGCCUCGCUCAGGUUGGUCCUAGAAACACCCGCCCGUCAAUGUUGUGUAACCAACCAACCCACAGUCACACACGAGGUUUCUGAAUAUACACCAAAAGUGUGGAGAGGAGGGGACCUGUUUAUAACCACGAAGAAGAGGUAUCUGCCGGGAGACCUCUAAUCCGAACGAUCUACUUUCCCCUCCCUUGCACCUGAAGCUGACCGACGCAAACCGGAUCGGGGCCGACCCAAAGACCACAACAAAUACAACGCGUAGCAGGGCAUGAAUGGAGACGAAGGCGCGUCGUCUGCGCCUGCGCGCUCAGGCGGCGUGACGCAGGCGCCCUCUGCCGUGCCCAUGGGCCAUUCUAGGCAGCGAAAUGCCCGCCUCUUAGUGCAACUUCGGGAGGCGCAGCUGGAGGAGUCAUGUCGCCUACCAUCCAUGAGCGGGCUGAGCCCGGCCAGCCAUCUGCCGCUACCAAGAAAAGCCUCAAACAUGAAAUUGAAACAAUUUUACGGGAGCGCAUUAUGAUUUUGGAUGGAGGCAUGGGGACCAUGAUCCAGCAGCAUAUGUUGUCAGAAGAAGAAUUUCGAGGGCAAGAAUUUAAAGAUCAUCUGAAACCAUUAAAGGGAAAUAAUGACCUAUUGAGCAUAACACAGACUGACAUAAUCUACAAAAUUCACAAGGAAUACUUGAUGUCUGGUGCCGAUAUCAUUGAGACAAACACUUUCAGCAGCACAAGAAUAGCACAAGCUGACUAUGGCCUUGAACAUCUGGCUUAUAGGUUAAAUAAAAUAUCAGCGCAAGUGGCCCGGAAAGCAGCUGAUGAUGUCACUGCUGAAACGGGACUUAAAAGAUAUGUUGCUGGAGCAAUGGGCCCCACAAACAAGACCCUCUCUGUUUCCCCUUCAGUGGAAAAACCAGAUUACAGGAAUGUUACUUUUGAUGAACUGGUGGAAGCCUACACAGAACAAGCCAAAGGACUUCUAGAUGGUGGGGCAGAUAUCAUAUUAGUUGAAACCAUUUUUGAUACAGCCAAUGCCAAGGCAGCUCUUUUUGCACUCCAAAAAUUGUUUGAAGAAGAGUAUGAACCCAGACCAUUGUUUGUUUCAGGAACAAUUGUCGAUAAAAGCGGCCGUACUCUUUCUGGCCAGACUGGAGAAGCAUUUGUCAUCAGCAUAUCCCACAGUGAACCACUCUGCAUUGGAUUAAACUGUGCUUUGGGAGCAGUGGAAAUGAGGCCUUUCAUUGAAACUAUUGGAAAAUGCACAAAUGCCUACAUCAUUUGUUAUCCCAAUGCAGGUCUUCCUAACACCUUUGGUGGUUAUGAUGAAACACCUGAAGUGACUGCCAAGCACCUUAAGACCUUUGCCACAGACGGUUUGGUGAACAUAGUUGGUGGAUGUUGUGGAACCACUCCAGCACACAUCCGGGAGAUAGCUGAAGCAGUACAGGGAUGUAAGCCCCGUGUUCCUACCUCUUCGUUCUCAGAAGGCUACAUGUUGCUGUCAGGUCUGGAACCAUUCAGGAUUGGGCAGUACACCAACUUCGUUAACAUAGGUGAACGCUGCAAUGUUGCGGGAUCAAAAAGGUUUGCCAAACUCAUCAUGGCAGGCAAAUAUGAAGAUGCACUGAGUGUGGCCAAGGCUCAAGUUGAGAUGGGAGCUCAGAUUUUGGAUAUCAAUAUGGAUGAUGGAAUGUUAGAUGGGCCAAGUGCUAUGGCUAGAUUCUGCAACUUCAUUGCUUCAGAACCUGACAUUGCCAAGGUGCCACUCUGUAUUGACUCUUCAAAUUUUGCUGUGAUAGAAGCUGGAUUGAAGUGUUGUCAAGGCAAAUGCAUAGUGAACAGCAUCAGUCUGAAAGAGGGUGAAGAUGAUUUCCUUGAGAAAGCUAGGAAAAUCAAGAAAUAUGGAGCAUCUGUGGUGGUUAUGGCCUUUGACGAAGUGGGUCAGGCCACAGAAACAGAAGAAAAAAUUUCAAUCUGCACUAGAGCCUAUGGCCUCUUGGUAAACAAAGUGGGCUUUAAUCCAAAUGAUAUCAUUUUUGAUCCCAACAUUCUGACUAUAGGUACUGGAAUGGAUGAACAUAAUUUGUAUGCAAUUAACUUUAUCAAUGCAACUAAAACCAUAAAAAAAACACUGCCUGGAGUCAAAAUAAGUGGAGGCCUAUCCAAUCUGUCUUUUUCCUUCCGGGGAAUGGAGGCUAUUCGAGAAGCAAUGCAUGGAGUUUUCCUCUACCAUGCAAUUAAGUGUGGAAUGGACAUGGGGAUUGUGAACGCAGGGAAUCUGCCUGUGUAUGAUGAUAUCCCUAAAGAGCUUUUGCAGUUUUGUGAAGAUUUAAUAUGGAAUAAAGAUCCAGAUGCAACAGAGAAGCUUUUGCGUUAUGCUCAGACCCACGCUCAAGGAGGAAAGAAAAUUGUGCAGACGGAUGAAUGGAGAAAUAGCCCUGUAGAAGAAAGACUGGAAUAUGCCCUUGUCAAGGGCAUUGAGAAAUAUGUGAUUGAAGACACAGAGGAGGCUCGAUUAAGUAAAGAAAAGUAUCCCAGACCUUUGAAUAUAAUUGAGGGGCCUCUAAUGAAUGGAAUGAAAACAGUUGGUGAUCUGUUUGGGGCUGGCAAGAUGUUUCUUCCACAGGUGAUCAAGUCCGCUCGAGUUAUGAAGAAGGCAGUUGGUCAUCUCAUUCCUUUCAUGGAAAAGGAAAGAGAGGAAAUGCGUGUAUUGUCCGGGAGCACAGAAGUGGAGGACCCUUAUCAUGGCACUGUUGUGAUAGCUACUGUGAAAGGAGAUGUGCAUGAUAUUGGCAAGAACAUUGUAGGAGUUGUCCUGGGCUGCAAUAAUUUCAGGGUUAUUGAUUUGGGAGUCAUGACACCAUGUGACAAGAUACUCAGAACUGCUCUCGAAAACAAAGCAGAUAUCAUUGGCCUGUCUGGUCUCAUUACGCCUUCCUUGGAUGAGAUGAUUUUUGUUGCCAAGGAAAUGGAGAGAUUAGAAAUAAAGAUCCCUUUGCUUAUUGGAGGAGCAACUACGUCCAAAACUCAUACAGCUGUAAAAAUUGCUCCCCAAUACAGCGCACCUGUUAUUCAUGUUCUAGAUGCCUCCAAGUCUGUGGUGGUGUGCUCUCAGCUUUUAGAUGAUAAUUUAAGGGAUGAUUUCAUUGAAGAAAUACAAGAGGAGUAUGAGGACAUUAGACAGGACCAUUAUGACUCUCUCAAGGAAAGGAGAUAUUUGUCACUAGAGCAAGCAAGGAGGAAGGCUUUCUUUUAUGAUUGGAUGGCUGACUCUAAACCAGUGAAACCACAAUUCCUUGGCACCAGAAUCUUUGAAGAUUAUGACUUGCAGAAGCUAAUAGAAUACAUUGACUGGAAGCCCUUUUUUGAUGUCUGGCAGCUUAGAGGCAAAUACCCCAAUCGGGGUUUUCCUAAAAUCUUCAAUGAUAAAACAGUGGGAGAAGAGGCCAAAAAAGUCUAUAGUGAAGCUCAGAACAUGCUGAAAACAUUGGUUGCAGAAAAGAAACUUAAAGCAAAAGGUCUGGUUGGAUUUUGGCCAGCUCAGAGUGUUCAAGAUGACAUAUAUUUAUAUGCCACCACCAGUGACGUGAAAUGUUCAGAACCAAUAGCAAAGUUCUAUGGCUUAAGGCAGCAGGCUGAGAAAGACUCUGCUUCCACAGACCCCUAUUACUGCUUGUCUGACUUUAUAUCCCCUUUGGAAUCUGGAAUUCCCGACUAUUUGGGUCUGUUUGCUGUGGCAUGCUUUGGAGUAGAUGAAUUGUGCAAGGAGUAUGAGAAACAGUCUGAUGACUACAAUAUCAUAAUGGUAAAAGCCUUGGGAGACCGGUUAGCAGAGGCAUUUGCAGAGGAGCUUCAUGAAAGGGUCCGCAAAGAAUUCUGGGCCUACUGUGAAAAUGAAGAGCUGGAAUUUUCAGACCUGCGGAAGAUUAGAUACGCUGGCAUUCGCCCAGCUCCCGGGUACCCCUCUCAGCCGGACCACACUGAAAAAGUCACAAUGUGGAAGCUUGCUAACAUUGAGGAAGUGACAGGUAUUCAGCUAACUGAAUCCCUAGCAAUGUUGCCUGCUUCAGCGGUAUCUGGCCUCUACUUUUCCAAUCCUAGAUCCCAAUAUUUUGCUGUUGGAAAAAUACAGAAGGAUCAGGUUGAAGAUUAUGCCUUAAGGAAAAAUAUGUCUGUGGCAGAAGUUGAGAAAUGGAUAGGACCUAUUCUUGGGUAUGAUCCAGAAUAACAGUGUGAGGGAAUACAUUGUUUUUGUUUGUUUUUGUUUUGUUUUUUAGUGAUGGUUAGUGUUAUCCACUAACAGAGAGGGAGGGAGGGAGUGUUUUUGGUAGUGCCCUGUCCACCAUCGACAUAGUCCAGAAG